CGCAGGCUGCACUAUCGCGCUAGCAGACGAUCUCACUCCGCCGUCAGGCAUCACACCACCACACCCAAGGUUGUCGUGAUGGGUAGCAGCACCACAUCAGACAAGACCAUCAACACCAGCACGGACUCUGCGGCCACAGCGCUCACCUCUAUCACCGGCACAGAUGAUUCCAUGGACGCCGAGCCAGAUCCUCCCGACCCUCCCCCGGCCAACCUCAUCGACGUCGACACCCCAGCGACUAAUCCUAAUCCACCCAGCACUGCCCCACCACACUAUCAUCGCGCCCAGAAUAGCUGCGAGUUUGAACCACCUUCUUAUGCCAUACCCCAGUCUGCAACCGAUACGUUAGAAUCCCCCAGACCUGGUCCUGCUAGAUUUGUCUUCGACGUGCCCCUGCCAGAGCCCCACCACAACCAUAUCAAAAAGUCUGACAAACCCCGCAAUAGAAACCAUAACGGCCAACAAGCAAGUGGACCCUCAAAUUCCAAACAAAUCUUUGAAAAGAUGGAACCUCCAAAAAGUCCGAAGAUUAAUCAAACAAAAUAUGAAACUCAUUUCAAUUUUGAUCCUGAAUCGGUCAGCAGAAGAGGGAGUGAAUCCAGAAUAAAGAAUAAACAAAAGAUGGAGAAGCAAGAGUAUUAUAAAGACGAGGUUGCAAAAUUGAGGAGGCAACUGGAAGGUACUGAGGUAUUUACAGCAGCUACGAGAAGACGAUCCUCUACUCAUCAACAUUCUGUUCCACCGCCGUCUUCUAGAAGACAAUCUACAGCCGCACAGGUCCACGUAACAGCCAAUCCUCUGGACAGCGCGUCAUCCGUACCUGCGGGCAGGACAACGAUAGUGGUGCAGCAGCCCUCGUUGUCCCUGGACUAUGGAGGAUGCUCCACCAUCCUGAUCAGGGAUGGAGAGGAUGGCAGGAGAAACAGCCGAGUAUGCAGCGACCAUAUACAGCAACUGCUAGAUGUAACCAGUCAGUUUACGUCGGAGGACCUACACGAGUUUGAUAAAAGGUAUGGAAGUCCGCACCACUCGCGGUCUCAGUCGGUGAAGGCGGCCCGCUCCCGCACGGGAGAGAGACAACUGCUGGGUCUACCACAGCAGCGAGCCCGCGUGGCUUCGAUGCCCAACACUGGCGUCGAGGAGGAGUACUACAGGCUGAGGCACUUCAGCAUCACUGGUAAGGGCGUGGUGAACCGGGGUGACUCUCUCCGCUCGAGGAGGUCUCGCUCCAACACUUCUGUGGCCUCGAGCGCGUCAAGCACGGAGGCAGUAACCAGAGCAUCAGCGCCUUGUUCCCUGGCAUCGUCCAGAGACUCCUCGGCUGGGUUGAGCACAUACAGAGUGCUGGUUCUGGGUGGACCAGGCGUUGGCAAGACCAGUCUGGUCGGCCAGUUCAUGACCUCGGAGUAUCUACAUGCGUACGACACCAGCAUAGAUGAUGAUUCCGGUGAGAAGUCUGUGUGUGUGCUGCUGGCUGGCGAGGAGUCGGAGAUCACGUUCCACGACGCUCCGCCGGAUCAUAUCGUAUCCGACGGCUGUGCACACGGCUACUGCGUGGUUUACUCGACCGCAGACAGAGCCAGCUUUACUGAGGCAGAAAAACAUCUGCAGUCUUUAUGGGCUGCGGGACACACAGCCCGACGAGCUGUCAUCCUGGUGGGGAACAAGGCCGACUUAGCGCGGUCGAGAGUGGUCAAUACUGACGAGGGCAAGGCUCUGGCCACAUCGUACGAGUGCAAGUUCAUUGAGACCUCUGUGGGCAUCAACCACAACGUGGACGAGCUUCUGGUGGGGCUACUCACCCAGAUUCGCUUGAAGCAGCAGCACGCCGAGCGAGUCAGAAAACGCAGCAGCUCUCGCAAGAAUCGCGCCCGAGCCCGUUCCCCGCUCGAGGAUACAACCGCUCCCGCUCCCGUCGCCGCUACCGCUUCCGCCUCUAGCACGCCGCGAAAACGUACAAGACUUUCCGCUAGUGUAAAGGUGCGUGGGCUUCUGGGGCGAGUGUGGGCGCGCGACUCCAAGUCGAAGUCGUGUGAGAACCUGCACGUGCUGUAGCAUUCGGCCGCCGGUUCCGUCGUAUGUUUCCCGUUCUUUGAUUGUGCUGCGGCCUAUUCGUAGGGAAACAUCUCCGUAGCGUGAUCCUCCCUCCACAUAAUCUCAUUUUUUAAAUUGUUUUCAUUUAAAAUUGAAUUAUCUCAUAUAGAAUUGAAACACUUCAGGCCUAAGAAGAACAGGCGAACGAAACUCUUUUUUAAUCAAAGUCUGAAAAGUAUUGUACGGACCCUCCUCUUUAUUUGGUUUUAUGACAAGACCCUUUUUAUAAAUGUCACAUAUUUUAAUUAAGACAAAGUAAAUGUUUUUAAGAUUGCUUUCAGCUUGAACUAAUUAGAUUCAAGUUUAUGUGCCAUUUAAUCUCA